AUGACCCUGCCCUCACCCGCCUCUUCCCCAUUUCUUUCGAGCUCUCGCCGACCGUCGUCGCAGCGCUCGUCGCAUUCGCAGGACCUGCUGACGUCGAUGACGGUGGACACGGCGCUCGAGGAAGUGAGCUUGCUGCGCGGUCGCGCGGAGCUGCUGUCGCGGAGCAGCGGCGACGACCCGCGCAGCGCGAGGGAGAGCCGCGUCGCCAGAGACUGCCUGGAACAGCUCGAUCGGGCCGCGGCGUAUCUCCGUCGCGCUUCGACGUCUCUCAAGAACGGCGCGGAGCCCGAGGGUCAGACGUAUUGGAUCGGCGCGGCGCUCACGCUCACCUCGCACUGCUCCACCAACAUGGCCGCUGCUGGCGCCGCGGCCGAAGACGCCGACGCCGACGCGGCCGUGGCCGCCGCUGACGACGACGACGACUCCGAAAACUCUGCGGAUGGUGGAACUGCGGAGGCGCGCGGGCAGGGGGAGGGGGAGGCGGUCGGGGGAAAACCCGCAAGUUCCGCGGAGGUAGCUGAUGCAAGCUCCUGGGAUAGCACAGGGGGGAUGCACGUGGCGCGCUUCAAGACGCGCGAGGAGGUCAUGCGGAACGCGCGCAAUCGGGACGGCGGACGAGGGGGCGAACGACCGGCAGGCGAUACAACCAGUGGUAGCUUGGCAACCACGCAGAUUAUCGGCAGCAACGGCUGGAGCGGCGGCAGCAAGAGGAAGAACAACGACAUAGGCCCAGCCACGUGCGGCAUCGGCGGCGGCGGCAGCGGCGGCGGCGGCGGCGGCAGCAAUCAGCCUCUGGUGGAGCUUGACACGCCCGUCAUCGGCCACGUGCGCACGGCGGAAGGCGGAACAGGACCGGAAGGGGGCGCAGCGGAAGGGGCGCUGGCUCACGGUAAGGAGGUGGCGUUGAAGGCUAUAGCGCUUGGCGCGCGGGAUGGCGCGCGGGAUUCUGCUGAGGACGGAGAGGGCGAAGCGGAAGAGGGCGGGAACGGAGGCGGAGGCGGCGGGUCUGGAGGUGAGGUGGAAAGCCCGUCGAAACUCAAAGCGGGCCCCACCCUUCGCUACAUCUCCAACGCGCUCGCUAUAGUCACGUCGCUGAGAGAUGAGGACGCGGACGGCGCGGAGCGGCCAGGGAACCCCAUGCACGCGCGGCGCAAGGGACUGCAGGUUGAAGGGCGGCGGAAACUAUCCCAGCGCCAAGCGCGGAAGGCACAGGAGGCGCGAGAAGCGCGGGAACUGCUGACGUCAUCGGCCGCGGCAAAAUCGGCGGCGCGGCCGGCAUGGGUGCGCGGUUCGGAGUACGGGGAGCUGCGCGAGCUGCAGCGCUUCAUGCGCACCCACUACGCGCGCGCGGAGGAGCUCUUGGCGGGAAACCUAACGGCUCACUGGGAGGCGAACCGCGGAAGGCGGCUCGCAGCCGUGGGCGCGAAGCUGCCGAGAUUAAAGCCGGAUUUUAUCGUGUCCAAGACCGGGAAACCCGGGCACUGCAGAACGGUGCAGGAAGCUGCGACGAAGCUCAUCGCGGCGUACAAGGCGCCGCCGGCGCGCUUCGUGGUGUACAUCAUGAAAGGAACGUACGCGGAAAAGGUCCUGCUGAACAAGAACGACGUGAUUUUCCUGGGCGACGGCGCGCGCGACACGAUUAUCACCUACGGCGCGAGCGUGGGCAAGGGGUAUACCGCGUUCGACUCGGCGAGCGUGGGCGUGAACGCGGACGGGUUUACUGCCAUGGGCAUCACGGUGGUGAACAAUGCGGGGUCCGCCGGCGGACAGGCCAUCGCGCUGCGCACGGAGGGGGACAAGUCGGCUUUCUACGACUGCGUGUUCCUCGGCCACCAGGACACGCUAGCGCCCGAUGUGGGCCGCCAAUACUUCCGCAACUGCACAGUGCGCGGCACGAUUGACUUUGUCUUCGGCGUGGCAGCAGCCGUCUUCGAGGACUGCACGUUCAUUGUGCGCCGCAGCCCCCCGGGCUACUCCAGCACGGUCGCAGCGCAGGGGCGCGUCACGCUCAAAGACCCCUCGGCGUUUGUGUUCCUGCGCGGGAAGGUGGUGGGGGAGAGUGCGGGGCAGUACGCGUACCUGGCGCGCCCCUGGUGGCCCUACUCCAGAACCAUCUUCCUCCAAACGUAUCUCUCGCAGGUGGUGGUCCCAGCAGGCUGGUUGGAGUGGUCAGACGCCACCACCAAGACCAUCUGGGGCGGCAGGCCCUACUUCGCGGAGUAUGACACGACAGGUCCAGGGGCCAAGGGGCGGAGAGUGGCGUGGGCGAGACCAGGCAAGGUGACUGCGAACCAGGCACAGGGGUUCAUGCCGAGCAAACUGCUGCAGCUGGGGACGUGGGUUAGGGACACCAAGAUUCCGUACAACCCGUGA